UUAGUGCAGCGCUAGCUGUCGCGCAGGCGUCAGUCCCAACUAUAGCGUGAGAGUAUUUUAUUUUUCGUUGAUAAUGUCAUGACAUGAUCGUGACUGUGGGCCCAGUUUUGCUGAAUGGAUAAUCGACCAGAAAAACUGACAAAUAAAGCUCGCGAGAAAACGUCAAAAUGACGGGGGGAAACACUGGCGGAAGUAUAUUCACUUACGAGACACUCGUGCACGCGAUAUCAGGGGCUGCAGGCAGUGUCGUGGCAAUGGCAACCUUCUUUCCGCUUGACACAGUUCGCAGUCGAUUACAAUUGGAGGAGGAUCGUCAAGCCAAGAACACACUAGCGACAAUCCGAGAUCUCGUGUCGAAAGAAGGGCCAUGCACAUUGUACAGAGGCGUUGUGCCGGUUCUCCAGAGUCUAUGUGCCAGUAAUUUCGUUUAUUUCUAUGCAUUCCACGGUUUAAAACGCAUGAGGAACUCGAAGAAUCAGACGGCAGGAAAUGACUUGCUCCUUGCAUCGAUAGCAGGAGUUACCAAUGUCUUAGCCACAACACCACUCUGGGUCGUGAAUACUCGUCUAAAGACUCGAGGAAUAGGCGGUGUUCAUGAACCAAAUAACAACGACUACGUCACUCUCUUGGAGGGUAUUAUACACAUCUGGAAAUACGAGGGCAUCCGAAAACUCUGGGCUGGUACAUUACCAAGCCUGAUACUUGUGUCGAAUCCAGCGAUUCAGUUUAUGAUUUACGAGAGUAUUAAGAGGCGAGUUAAUGCGUCAUUAGGUACACCAGCAUGGGUUUUCUUUACUAUUGGGGCAAUAGCCAAGGCUGUCGCCACAACGCUGACGUAUCCCUUGCAACUGGUACAAGCGAAACUUCGGCAUGGCCAUAAUUACAAGAAUCUUCCAUCAGAUGCGGGAACAAUACAGAUGCUUCUUUACAUUCUAAAGACACAAGGGUUGGGGGGCCUGUACAAAGGAAUGGAAGCCAAAUUACUACAGACUGUAUUGACAGCAGCUCUGAUGUUCCUGGCUUACGAGAAAAUAUCAAAAUUCGUAUUCCGCAUUCUCCUCCUACAUAGACCAAUUCUUAGAUAAUUCCGAUUAAUUUAAGUUGUGUGACGAAUGUUUGGACUCGAGGGACUCUAGCAAGAGUGUGUUUUCCGUUUUGACUUUGUAUUCGUUUUGUACAACAAUAAAAUUGUCGUUUAAUAAACAAUAAAAAUGUGAUGAAGA